AUGGGUUUCGCUGAAUCUGGCGCCCGAUGCCAGCCGUGUUUGGUUUCUGGAGCUGCUACGUUUGAGUAUGGGAUGUGGAUGUGGUGCCGCGAAUGGUGGCGUAAGACGUAUUAUGUGGGCAACCAAGAUUGGGACAGGUACUCUUCGGAAUUUGCAGGUUUAGCUCUCUUAAUGCACCAGCUUCUCCCAGCUUCGUCUCCCUAUUAUCUCUUCACAGUGAAAAGGGCGGUCUGGAGCAGGGUCAUGCAUAUGCAACAGCGGAAUGGCUGUCUGCAGCUCCAAUACAAUGACCUGUACCUCAUUAUGUCGCACUCUAAGCAGUCCCCAUUGAUCGAUCAAUCACCAGCAGCUAGAUGGGCAGCGUGGAGCCUCGUCGUGAUCUACUUGCUCUGCUUUUUCGGACACGCUCUUGCCUUUCUCAUGGAUAAGUUCCUUAACGGCAACCAGGUCUUCUCGCUCACGAUACUCCUCGCCACGCCUUCUAAAUCCAUUUACGACAAGAAGCUUGGGCUGCAUUGGCUGCUCCAGUCGGUGUCGCAAGCACUGCAUCAGCAUUUGGUGCAUGCUGAGAAGGAGCGAAAAAACGUCAUCAAUUCAUCCAGCAUGGGAACCCUUGUCGAGUUGGGGGCGGUGAGAGUUCCUGUCAACCAGAAGACGGUGCGAUAUCUUCUGGACCCGGAGGCAGCACAACCUCUUGUCCAACUGGAGUCGAUGCUUGCAAAUCGGCGAUGGUGGGUCGGUUUUAUCAAACUGGCAUGGCAAGCUGGAGCAAUCACAGAGGUUUGCGAUAGUGGAACAAGUGCUUGGGGAAAAAGCCAGGAGCUCUCUAAUGUUGCCACUGCAAGCCUAGUCAGACUCAGCCUUGGGAAAUGCUUAUUCGACGGCACACAAAGCAAUGGACCAAACCUUGGCCGAAGUGACGUGAUCGUCACCGUCCCUUCUAAUAUUCUCGGAUCCGAUGCCAUCUAUAAACAUAAGGCUUCCGACCCAUGUUUGCUGAUGGAAGGCGAGGAAUCUGUGUCCGAGACCUCCCGAUUUCAAUAUCGGGAUAAUGCUGUUGAUGACCAAAACUCUGUGACCAUACAUCAGGGUACCGCCAUGGACGAAACUGAGGAUUAUGACGAGCAGGCACUGCGGGAGGAGAUGCACCUGGGAUAA